GCCAACCGCCAGAUUCCAGAAAGCUCUUCACGACUCAGAAAGCAGCUGUGUAAAAUAUGACAUACUUAAGAAGUUGGAGAAAGAGAAAAGCAGAAGUUAAUGCCAUUGCUCAGUUGGAUAGUGAUGACAACCUUGAUUUUCAUUCGCUACCAAGUGAUAGAAGUGAUGGUGAUGGACUUCAAGAAGUUGUACAAGAUAACGAAUCCGAUUAUGGAUACACAGAGCAUGUAGAAUCCUCUGACUCUGAGCCUGAAAUCCUGAGUUUACACCCUGACAGUGAUACACCAGAUAUUGGCUGUGAUUUAAGGACUUGGUCAACAAGUAAUUCAAUCACUCAAACGUCAUUGAAUGAGCUACUAGGCAUCCUACGUAGACAUGGGCACCAGCUGCCAAAGGAUGCACGCACCCUCCUUUCAACUCCAAAAACCGUUGAAUGUCUUUCUAGAUGUAAUGGGCAGUACAUUUAUUAUGGUUUAGAACAAGGCAUUAAACUAAAGAUUGCACAGUGCCAAUCCUUUUCACAAAACCUUGUUGAGUUGUGUGUGAACAUUGAUGGCGUACCACUUUUUAAAUCAAACAGUGUUCAAUUUUGGCCCAUAUUGGCACAGUUUCACAAUUUUGAUCCUUUCAUUGUUGCACUUUUCUGUGGAACAGCAAAGCCAAGUCCUUUGGAUGAUUUUGUCAAAGACCUUUUGGAAGAGUUUCAGCAUCUCAAAGCUGUUGGGAUGGAGUAUGAAGGUCAACUUUAUGCUAUCAGCCUUAAGGCCUUUAUAUGUGAUGCACCAGCAAGAUCAUUUUUAAAGUGCAUAAAAAACCACAAUGGGUACUCCAGCUGUGAAAGGUGUUUGGCCAAAGGAUCGUGGGAAGGUAGAGUGGUUUUUAACAGUCAUGAGAGCUUUAGAGCAAGAACAGACGAGGAGUUCAGUCAAGUACUGUAUGAAGAUCACCAGACUAUAAAAAGCCCACUUAUUGAUGCAGGCAUACCUUGCGUGAGUUCUUUCGUGUUAGACUAUAUGCAUUUGAUUUGUCUAGGAGUAGUAAAACGUGUUCUAGUCUUUUUGUCUCGGGGUCCAAAAGUGUGCCGGCUAUCUGCAAGACAAAAAGAUGAGAUCUCAGAAAAACUAAACAAGCUGAAUGGAUCCAUGCCAAGUGAGUUUGCAAGGCAGCCCAGGGGUUUGAGGGAACUGGAUAGAUGGAAAGCCACUGAAUUUCGACAGUUUGUUUUAUAUACUGGUCCAAAUGUUCUUCGAAAUGUAGUUUCACGUGAAGUGUAUACUCACUUUUUGACAUUGACAGUGGCUCUGUCAAUCCUGCUGAGCUCUGAUAACACACGACGUUCAUAUAUUGCAUAUGCUGAGGAGCUUCUAAAAUACUUUGUUGAAAGGUGUGAUGACCUUUAUGGAAAAACAUUUGCAGUCUACAAUGUGCACUGCCUGUUGCAUCUGCAUGAAGAUGCUUCUCGCUUCAACUGUUCACUAAAUGACAUCUCAUGUUUCCCAUUCGAAAAUCAUCUGCAAGAAAUAAAAAAAUUGGUCAAAAAUAGCCACAAUCCAAUCGCUCAAGUAACAAAGCGGAUGAGUGAGAUUGAAAAUGCAAAGAAAGGCAUCAACAAGCCUCAAGAGACAAGGUCAUGUUUUUAUAUAUCAACCAAAGAUAAAGACCACUGCUUUAUGCUUCACAAUGAAAAUUUUGCAUUUGUGAAGGAAAAAAGGCGAGAUGGAACUUUGGUAUGUGAUGUGCUGAGCCAAAAGGACACAAGAGACUUUUUUAAGAAGCCAUGUGAGUCAAGGCUAUUGAAUAUAGUCUAUGUUCAAAGAAAACGGACAAAGACAAAGUUAUUGCAAACCAAAGACCUUUACCGGAAGGUUGCUUGUCUCCCUUGUGAACAAGGGCAUGUCCUUUUUCCUCUACUCCAUGGAAUGGAGCACAGGAAAUGAACACAAAUAACGCAAUGGUAUACGCACGGGCUGUUUGGGUGGAGAAUGGGAAGCAGAUGGAAGGAGUUUUGCCAUUGAACUGGAUUGACACAGAGAACAAAGUAGUGCGAUGGCCUCUAAAAAACAUGUCUGUGGCACAUAAGCACCUUUUACAACCACAAGAGGACUGGUUAAGCUUUGAAUUUGUUAAAGUCAAAGUGACAUCAGUAAGCCGACAGGAGUGUGAAAAAUAUAAUUACACCUCAGCUCAAACCGAAGAGGAGGACACAGUCAGUCAAAAGAGAAUGAGGAAAAGAAGGAAAUUUGAAGAUUAUGUUCAAGGGUCAGAUUUGUCUCCUGAGGAGGAUGAGUCCUUGCCAGACAAGAAAAAGGAGGAUACAGUGUUGCUUCCGGUCCCUCCGCCAAAGAUUAAGCUCUCACAUAAGGGACAAAAUGCAAUGCCGCUCGAGUUACCUGCACCCCCAGAACUGGCUAACACUACCAUUAGACAACCAGAGAGUCCUGCAUCUUCAGACAUUUCUGGAUGUUCUUUUUCAACGCAUCACCGUUCACCCACAAGGUCUGAAUCAUUAGAAGCAUUUAGUCCAGAGUCAGCCAGAUCUAGGCGUUCUCGCACACCUCAGCCUGGAGUUCGAAAUCCAUCACAGUCCGGGAGCAGGAAAAGUCGGGGGUCCUCAUCCAGUGAGUCCAUGAUCAGUUGCAUUCUUCAUAUUUGUCAAUUCUCCUACCUCACUUAUUGGCAUUAUUGCAGGAGCAGCUGUCUUUAAAAACGAUUUCAAUGAGCUUCAAUGCUUUUUUUUAUUAAAUAUUUUUUUUUCAGGAUCUAGGCGUUCUCGCACACCUCAGCGUGGAGUUCGAAAUCCAUCACAGUCCGGGAGCAGGAAAAGUCGG